AUGUCUUGUUCUAUUUACUUUCUUUUGCUUUCAUUACUUGUUUUUACUGAAUCAUUGAGUGGAAUUAUUAACCGUCGUGAGUACAAUUUUACAAUCUCCUAUGCUGGAAAUUCAACAUCUGUGUUACUGAUUAAUAAUCGAUUUCCAGGACCAACGAUUAGAGCUAGUAUUAACGACAUAGUAAUCGUUCAUAUUCAUAAUGCUCUUCAAACAAUGGAAGAAGUUACUAUUCACUUUCAUGGGAUUCUUCAACGACAAACACCACAAAUGGAUGGUGUCGGAUUUGUAACACAAAUGCCAAUUCCAAACGGACGAACAUUCACAUAUGUUUUCCAGGCAUAUCCCACUGGUACUCAUAUGUAUCAUUCACAUGCAGGGUUACAAGCUGUUACAGCAGUUGGUGCAUUAAUUGUUGAUGACCGAUCAAGACCAUGGCAAGCAACAGAAAUACCAUCAGGUCCAAUUAUGUUUUGUGAUCACUGGGAAGGAGUUGAUCGUCUUGCACAAGAAACAGGCUUACUUCAAUCACCAUUUAAAUGGGAAGGAGAACCAUCCAAUUUGUAUAUGAAUGGCCAACGAAAUUUCGUAUUGACUCUAGAUCCCGAUCAAACCUAUUUACUACGAUUGAUUGGUGCAACAAGUUUGUCUACUAUUGUAUUCGGCAUAAAUCAACAUCCAAUGACGGUAGUCGAAGUAGAUGGAAAACUGGUAGUACCAAAACCUAAUAUGACAUCGAUCGAAAUUGCUUCUGGACAACGAUAUGCUGUGCUGAUCAAGACAAAAAGACAACAUAUCGGCGUUUUUGCUAUGCAAGCAUCGAUUCGAUGGCGAAUAGCAGCAGCCAAUGCCAGUUCGAUUGGAAUCUUACGAUAUGGUUUACAGUCCUCAAUUUCUUCUAAUAUGUCUUCAUUGGAACUUCCACCAUUACUUAAUGAGACCGAACUAUUCUUAUUUGCCUUUAAUGAACGGUAUCAAACAUUACUUGAAUCAGAAAGAAUGCCACAAGGUCGCCAAGGUCGUGCGGAUAAUGAAAUUAUUUUACGCACUAGUCAAGAAUAUACAGCUGAUGGACAAGGUAUUCGUUGGCUAACAAAUAAUGCAACACUUGAUAUGCUUCGUUUAAAAAAUCUGACUAUACCUCUUCUUAUGGAUUUGUAUAAUGGUAAUGAACAAAACCUUCCCCUUGACGUUGUCUAUACGCUAGAACAUAAUCAAUUAGUUGAUAUUGUUAUUCAAAAUACUGUUGCGCUCAAUGGCGUCUGUGAAUCACAUCCUAUGCAUAUGCAUGGACAUCAAUUUUGGAUACAUUCUUAUGGAACUGGUAUGUAUGAUUCAGUUAAACAUAUAGCGCCUAAUAGACACGAUCCAGUAUUGCGGGAUUCAAUAAUGGUUUACGCAAGUUCUUAUGCUUAUUACUCACCGAAUCGAAAUAUUUCAAACCAUCGUAAGCCAUGCGGAUGGACGAAAAUACGUAUGAUUGCUAACAAUCCGGGACGUUUAGCUGAUGAUGGUGGUGGAAGUUCAGAAGAUAGCUGUUAUGGGAGUAAUGAUUUAUCUCGAUCAAAUUCAAGUGCACACGCUGUUGCACGUCCUCUUCUUACAGCACAACAUCGAUCAUCAAAUUUAAGUUCAACAAGUAUUGAUUAUGCUGUACCAACACAACGACAUCAAUCGAUUACUAAUGUUGUUGAUGACAAUAAUAUUCAACAGCAAUGA